AUGGAUGAUUGCUCACCACUAUCAACACCAGAUCAAGAAUCAAUUGAUAAAGUAGUAACUCAGAUUUCACCACAUCAAAAAACUAUGGACCCAUCUUCAGUGAAUUUUGUAUAUCAAUGGAUGUUUUCAAUGAUGGCAUCAGCAUUAAAUUUUAAUAGAGUACCAAAUAACAGCAAUAAUAAUGACAUCAAUGAAAUUAAAACAGAUGACGAAGACAGCUGUAAUGAAAACAAAAAAGACAAUUUUAUUAGAUCAUUAGGUAAUAUCAGAUUAUCCGCCAGUUCAGAAUUCGAAAAGAAUGAACAAGAACAUUUUUAUAAUAAUGAUAGCGAUGAAGAUUCCGAUACUCUUCAAGAAAAAGAUGAAUGUUGCGAACAUAUUAAUCAACAAUGUAAUAAAGAAAAUAAUAAUAACAACAUGUUACAACAACAACCACAACAAGAACAUAGAACCAACUUUUUUAAUAAUAUUUUAAAUCUUUCAAACUCGGCCCCAAGAAAAACUUUAAUUUUAGACUUAGAUGAAACCCUUGUACAUUCAACGAUGAAACCAGUUUCACACCAUCAUCUCACUGUUAACGUUUUAAUUGAAAGCUCUUACUGUACAUUUUAUGUUAUUAAACGUCCACAUGUUGAUUAUUUUAUUCAAAAAGUUUCACAAUGGUAUGAUGUUGUUAUCUUUACCGCCAGUAUGCAACAAUACGCCGAUCCAUUACUCGAUCAAUUAGACGUUAACAAGGUUUUUAAAAAGAGAUUAUUUAGAGAUUCAUGUUUAGAAAAAGAUGGAAAUUAUAUUAAAGAUUUAUCAAUGAUCAACCAAGAUUUAACCUCGACUAUUAUUAUCGAUAACUCUCCAAUUGCAUAUUCAAACAACCUUGAAAAUGCAUUACCAAUUGAUAAUUGGAUGGGAGAUAUGGAAAGUAAUGAUACCUCAUUAUUAAAUCUUUUACCAUUUUUAGAGAUCAUUAGAAAUGUUACCGAUGUUCGUAGUAUCCUUUCUCUCAGAUUAUUAAACCCCAGUAUGCAUUAAAAUCAAAUUUUUUCAUAAAAAAUUAUAAAUAUUAAUAUAAUAAUACAAUAAUAAUAUAUAAUUAAAAUAAUAUAAUUAAAAUAUAUAAUUAAAACAAUAUAUAGUUAAAAUUAUAUAAUUAUAUAAAUAAUAUAAUAAUAUAUACUUUAUAAAUUUUAAACUAAUAAUAAAAUUUUUUU